AUUUUCCUAUCCUAUUCCUUUCUUCUUUGUCAUAAUCAAAAUAAGUAUAGGAUUUUGCACAUUGAGGGAUAUUAGGAUAUUGCUCAAAAUUAUAUAAUAUAAUCAUAUAAUAACUUGAAUUAUAGUUCUCAAUAAUUACAAUGAAAUACAUUAUAAAACAUUAAGUCAAAAUUUAGGUGGGGCACAGUGGCUCAUGCUUGUAAUCCAAACACUUUGGGAGACUCAAGAGGAUCGCUUGAGCCCAGGAGUUCAUGGUGAUAGGCUGCAUAGAGCUAUGAUUGUGCCACUGCACUAUAGCCUGGGCGACACAGCAAGACCCCAUCCCUUUAAGAAAUAAUAAUAAUUAUAUAUGUGUGUAUAUAUAUAUAUGUAUAAUACACACACAAACACAUAUACAUACACUUACAUAUGUAAAUAUAUUAGGCAAUCAUACACACACACAAACACACACACACACACACGCUUGCCUAAUUCCAGGUAACAGAACUUCUCAAAUUGUUAAUUAUUACAGCUUUCUACUUGCCAUAAUAUUAACUUACAAUGCAGCCCAUUAAUUUGCUCUAAAGUUAUUAUGCAUUCCAUACCUUAAAGAUUGCUGUUGUUGUUGUUUAAUGAAAGCUAUUCAGUGAAGAGUUUAUCUGGCUAAAAUAGACCCAAUAGAAAAAUGAAUAAAUAAAAUAAGCAUUUAGUAUAUCAGAUGCCAGGAACUUCCCUAGCCCUUGGUGCAUAACUAGCAUUAUAUAGUGUUUGUGGGAAUCAUCGGUGAGCAUUAAGUAUUAUCAGCAAAAAAAAAAUUAUAGACUGAUGGUAAAAAUUAAGAGGAAAACAAGAGAAAGGAACCAAACUCAGGAAAGCAAUAUACCUGAAGAGUGAUAGAGUAUCACACAGUGCCUCACAGACCACUUCCUACAUGUUAAAUAGGAACUUCUUUCUAGUCUUUCUUCAUAAUUCACUUCACAGCAUACCUUUUAUUAAGAGUUUUUAAAUGAAAUUCAUGAUGAAUACAAAUUGUGAAAAGUUCAGACUUCUUUUUUCUUUGAGACAGAGUCUCACUCUGUCACCCAGGCUAGAGUGCAGUGGUGUGAUCUUGGCUCACUGAAGCCUCCGCUUCCACGGUUGAAGCGAUUCUCCUGCCUCAGUCUCCUGAGUAGCUGGGAUUACAGGCGCCUGCCACCACGCCCGACUAAUUUUUAUAGUUUUAGUAGAGACAGGGUUUCACCAUAUUGGCCAGGAUGGUCUCGAUCUCCUGACCUCAUGAUCCACCCACCUUUGCCUCCCAAAGUGCUGGGAUUACAGGUGUGAGCCACUGUGCCUGGCCAAGUUCAGACUUUUUAAAUUGUAAUUUUAAAAAUUUAAAUGUCUACCAGAGCAAGUCGUAGUGAUGGUAAAAUGUAAGUAUUCAACAUCAAAUUUUUUCUAUAUUAUUCUUUUAUAUUCAGUGACAACUUCUGAGUCAGAAAAGUUAACCUCUGAUGUCUUGCACCUUCUGCAGUUGUCAUUAUUAGCAGAACUUAAAACAUUUGAGGUUCUCACUAAAUUUUGAGGCCCAUUAAAUUUGAAGUUGGUCUGAAACUUUUGCCCCAAGUGAAUUACCCCUCUUUUAUUUAGGGUUUUUUGCUGUUGCAACUGUUUUCCUUUAUCCACAGCUAUUCUACAUAACGUUAUGCAGUAUUUUGUUGAAUCCUUAACACUUUUCUUCCACCAUCCCUGCCUGUAGUUUGUACUUUCUACAGUUUGGGGUUCCUGUGUGGAUUUGGUUUGCCACAUUCUGGAACCUCCUUGCAAGUGAUUCUGUUUCCCAGUUUGAUGAUGUUUACAGAAGCAGGUAAGUGAGAGCUGGGCCAGAUAAACAGAAAGUCAGAACUUUUUUAUGUAAAAAUUUUAAAAAGUUUUGGGAAAAAAGUCAGAUCUUUCAGUCUUUUAGGACCACUGCUCUAACAACUUCAGGUAGGUUAUCUCUAAGUAGAAAGAAGCUAUAGGAAUGUGGAAUUGAAUUUCCUGGAUCAGCUGUGAUUACAAGGAGGGAUAAGAGGAUGGUUGAGCCGAUUCUUUUCUAUCUUCUUUUCCUAGAAAUAGUGUGUAUUUUUAGUCAUUAACCAAUAUUUUAGUUUUGUUUAAUAUCCCAGAAACAUUUAUUCCUCUCUUAAACAGGUGGAGUGCUCCUGAUAACACUCUCAUUCAGAGUCAGUUACCUUACCCUUCUUUCAGGGAAAGUGAAUUUUGCAAGUUAAUUCUGCAUGUUUUCCCUAGUAGUGAUUUCAUUCUGUACCAUUAAAUGACCAUUUCUUUUCUCCCUUCUUGGGUAUUAUAUGUGUACUUAAUCCUAGAUUGGACAUUGUUGAGUUCUGUUUGAACAGUGUUUGUUAUGCUAAAAAAGGACACUGGGGCCAGGCGUGGUGGCUCACGCCUGUAAUCCCAGCACUUUGGGAGGCCAAGGCGAGCGGAUCAUGAAGUCAAGAGUUCAGGACCAGCCUGGCCAACAUGGUGAAACCUCAUCUCUACUAAAAAUACAAAAAAUUAGCUGGGCAUGGUGGCAGGCACCUGUAAUCCCACCUACUCAGGAGGUUCAGGCAGGAGAAUCGCUUGAACCCAGGAGGCGGAGGUUGUAGCGAGCAGAGAUCGUGCCACUGUACUCCAACCUGGGUGACAGUGCAAGACUCCGUCUCACCAAAAAAAAAAAGACACUGGGCCUGGGGGAACUCAUCUGUGUCUUGAUCAACAUACAGAACUCCAGAGGGCUCCUGAUACUCUGGUUCCUCCUACUUGGUUGGAAAGGUGCUUACCCUUUCCAAUCAAAUACUAACUUCUGCACUAAUCCAAAGGGUUUCUUUCUGAAGCUGUAAACUGAGAACAGAAGUAUUGCCUUGAGUGAGAGAAGUCCAAGAAGCAGUAGGUUUCAUUUUUCGUCAGCCUGCCUGGCCUUUACUUGCCAACACUUGGGAGUGUUGACAGUCCUGAGCCCUCUUGGCAGAGAAGGGUUAGAAAGAGAAAAGCCAUUAGGCAGGGGGACAGAUCCCUCUUUGCCUCAUUAGGAGAAUUCAGCCUUGUCUGUCUGGUUGGCAGGGCACACUUAAUCAUUGAUACCCAGCAUUUCAGCAGUUUGCAAAGGAAAGUGAUACGAAGGGACAGCUGCAAGUAAGUCACAACCUAGAUCUGAAGAGGUCAAGCACUCACUUCACUUGAAGGAAAGAGAGAAGGAAGGAAGCUGAGGACUUAGCAGGGUCUAUUCCAACUGUUACCUGCUUCGUGAAGAAAGCUACUGAAGAGAUUCCCAACCACUGAAGAGAUUCUCUUCUUCUGAUCUCCCGUUAGUGCUUUAGUUGCACUUUUCUGUCUCCAGGUAUUACUGGACAGGCCAUGGCUCCACGGUCCCAGCGACGGAGGCACAAAAAACUUCCCUCAUUAGUGGCUCCUGGCAUCAAGGCCCCACCCACAAUUGUGACCGUUGUGCCUCUGACCCCCUUAAAACCUGGCCCUAGCAUUGACACACUUGGCUUCUUCUCCUUGGAUAAUAAUGUUCCUGGCCUAUCCCAGCUGAUUCUUCAAAAGCUGAACAUGAAAAGCUAUGAAGAAUACAAGUUGGUGGUAGAUGGGGGUACCCCUGUAUCAGGCUUUGGAUUUCGAUGUCCUCAAGAAAUGUUCCAGAGGAUGGAAGACACAUUUCGAUUCUGUGCUCACUGUAGAGCACUCCCUAAUGGCCUUUCAGACUCCAAGGUUCUCCGGCACUGUAAGAGGUGCAGAAAUGUCUAUUACUGUGGACCAGAGUGCCAGAGGUCAGACUGGCCUGCACACAGGAGGGUUUGUCAAGAACUUCGUCUUGUGGCUGUGGACCGUCUCAUGGAAUGGCUUCUGGUCACAGGUGAUUUUGUCCUACCCUCAGGACCUUGGCAUUGGCCACCUGAAGCUGUACAGGACUGGGACUCCUGGUUUUCUAUGAAGGGGUUACACUUAGAUGCCACCCUGGAUGCUGUGCUAGUUAGUCCUGCCAUGACCACCUUAUGGGCCAGUGUAGGACGGCCAAGGCCAGACCCAGAUGUCCUGCAGGGAUCUUUGAAGCGGCUGCUGACAGAUGUCCUGUCACGGCCCUUGACUCUAGGCCUAGGACUUAGGGCCUUGGGGAUAGAUGUUAAGAGGACUGGGGGAAGCACAGUGCAUGUGGUUGGUGCUUCCCAUGUGGAGACAUUUCUUACUCGCCCUGGGGACUAUGAUGAGCUUGGCUACAUGUUUCCUGGGCACCUUGGGCUCCGUGUGGUCAUGGUGGGCGUAGACGUGGCUGCUGGCUUUUCACAGAGCACCUCAACUUCACCCCUGGAACCUGGCACAAUUCACCUUAGUGCCCACAGGAGCCUCUACCAUGACUUCUGGGAGGAGCAGGUAGAGACCGGGCAGACAGACCAUCCAGAUUUGGUGGUGGCUUUCCAUCCAGGUUUCCAUUCCUCCCCAGACUUGAUGGAGGCUUGGCUGCCUACCCUGCUGCUACUUCGUGACUAUAAGAUUCCUGCAUUGAUUACUGUUUACAGCCAUCAGGAGUUGGUAUCCUCUUUGCAGAUUCUGGUGGAACUGGAUACACAUAUCACUGCCUUUGGGGCUAAUCCUUUCAUGUCCCUCAAACCUGAACAGGUCUAUUCCAACCCCAACAAGCAGCCAGUAUACUGCAGUGCCUACUAUAUCAUGUUUCUUGGAAGCUCCUGUCAGCUGGGUAAUAGCCAAUUAGAAGAGAAAGUGGAUGAUGGGAUUUAAAUAGAUUAUGACUGGACAUCUGGAAAAUGGGGAGGUUGUUAUACAAUUACCGUGAUAAUGCCAGGUUCUUGCCAACUUUGAAAAACACUAUAUUCUAAACCUCAUUCACUGUGUGGCUAAAGAUUCUAAGCUGAAUGAGGGUUCCUGUAUAAUGUAACUGGUUUCUUUUUAUGAGACAGAGUCUUGCUGUGUUGCUCAGGCUGGAGUGUAGUGGCAUGAUCUCAGCUCACUGCAACCUCUGCCUCCCAGGUUCAAGUGGUUCUCCUGCCUUAGCCUCCUGAGUAGCUGGGAUUACAGGUGCAUGCCACCACACCUGGCUAAUUUCUAUAUAUAUAUUUUUUUUUGAGAUGCAAUCUCAUUCUGUCUCCAGGCUGGAGGGCAGUGGCAUGAUCUUGGCUCACUGCAACAUCCAACUCCCUGGUUCAAGCUACUUUCCUGCCUCAGCCUCUCAAGUAGCUGAAAUUACAAGCAUGCGCCACCAUGCCCAGCUAAAUUUUUGUAUUUUUAAUAGAGAUGGUUUCAUCAUGUUGGCCAGGCCAGACUCGAUCUCCUGACCUCGUGAUCUGCCCAUUUCAGCCUCCCAAAGUGCUGAGAUUACAGGCGUGAGCCUCCACGCCCGGCCUAAUUUUUGUAUUUUUAGUAGAGGUGGGGUUUUGCCACGUUGGGCAGGCUGAUAUUGAACCCUUGACCUCAGUUGAUCCGCCUGCCUUGGCCUCCCAAAGUGCUGGGAUUACAGGCAUGAGCUACUGCGCCUGGCCAAUGUAACUGGUUUCUAAGAAUUUAGCCACAGUAGCUUCUAGAGAUAGGAUAUUAGAUUUAGUGGGUGGGAAGAGGCCUGGAUGUUGGUCUUUCCAGAGCUUAGAGUUCCUAACACUUUCUUUGUGAGGAAGUUUACCUUUUGACUGGAACCAGAUGGCACUGAGGAGAAGAAUGAGAACCACCUUAUUCUGAAAAAUGCUUUCUUCUCAUUCAGUAAUUUGGGCUAAAAAAAAAAAUGGAAAUAUGUUGAUGACUUGAAGUGGUGCAAGAAUGGACAAGUCAGGGAAGUCACUGGGAACAUGGAUGAGAUUGUAAGCAUUGGUACACUGCCCUGUUUCCUGGCUUUUUUGAGAGAAAUAUCUAAUUUUCCUAUUUUUGGUUGGUGACUGCUGAUACUAGAGUAGCCCUGGUAUUGUAUUUUAGAUAUCCCAGGCUAUAUCAGACUUUACCUGAAUAUACUGGAGUUACUUGUUAUCCCCCUAUUCUAUAUCCAAUAAACUCAGUUUGGGGCUUCUUAA